UGAAGGAAGAUCCAGCUCCACCUUCCGAAGCGUCCACUCGCCGUCACGUUAGUUUCAAUUCUCACCCUUUCACAGUAAUGUAUAUGUAAAUAUAUUUUCCAAUUGUGUUGUUAUUCGACCUAAUUUUGAUGGCUAGUUUACUCGUUAUUUUGGAAUCCAACUCUUAAAAAUAAAGUUAUCAUUUAACUAUGUAAGUAUGCAUGAAACUGUAACUCAUGUUAAUACAAAUAUUUCUUACUUUAUUCUCUAUACUGGCUCCUAUUAAUGAAUUGGUAUCUACGUAUCCAAACUAGAAUAUUUUUUAUGAGCAUUAUUUCAGCCAAAAAGAAAAAGAAGAAGAAAGUGCUAUAUUCAGGAGGUUGAAACAGUUUUAGAGAAAUUAAAAAAUUGAAGGACGCCCACUUCAUUCACUGAGAACAUGAUGAAAGAUUGUUGAGAAAGAAAGAGAUGCGUGCCCUGAACAGAUUGUUAUUGCGGAAGCCAUGUUCACGCGAAAUGUGUACGCUUACAGCGGCAAAACUGAAUUAUAUGCUUGAUGGUUACAUAGACGACAACAAAAUAGAACAAGCUCGCGAAGUAUUAAACGAAAACCCCACCACCUCCCGCAGUGUCGUUUCCUGGAACCAGAUGAUGACCUUUUACGUACAACGCCAUCAAAUCGAACUUGCCCACGAGCUGUUCGAUCAAAUGCCCCUGAAAGACGCCGUUUCCUGGAAUAUCAUGCUUUCUGGUUUUCAGAGAACCAGAAACACUUACGGGCUGUACCAUUGUUUCUUGCAAAUGGGAAGAGCUGGUAUAGCACCCAAUGAAUAUACCUUCUCCAUGUUGCUCAGAGCAGUUAUAAGUACCGAGUUGGAUGUUUUGGUCAAGCAGGUUCAUGCUCGAUCACUGCAUUUGGCACUCAACUUGAACGUGUUUGUUGGGUCUUCGUUGAUCAGAGCUUAUGCGAGUUUAAGGGAGGAAGAGGCUUUAGGUCGAGUGUUCAAUGAUAUAUUGAUGAAAGAUGUUACCUCUUGGAAUGCUUUGGUUUCUGGUUAUAUGGAAGUGGGAAACAUGGCUGAUGCUCAAACAAGGUUUGAUCUUAUGCCCCAAAGAAACAUCAUUUCCUGGACUACUUUGGUGAAUGGUUAUAUCAGGAACAAGCGAAUUAAUAAAGCAAGGUCCAUUUUUAACAAAAUGAGUGAGAGGAAUGUGGUCUCUUGGACUGUAAUGAUUAGUGGGUAUGUGCAAAAUAGAAGAUUUAUGGAUGCAUUGAAGCUUUUUCUUUUGAUGUUUAAGUCAGGAACUCGUCCAAAUCAUUUCACAUUUUCAAGUGUAUUGGAUGCAUGUGCUGGUUGUUCCUCUCUUCUGAUGGGCAUGCAGGUGCACCUCUGUAUUAUCAAGUCUGGCAUACCAGACGAUGUUAUCUCAUUGACCUCGCUUGUGGAUAUGUAUGCAAAAUGUGGGGAUGUGGAUACAGCAUUUCGUGUUUUUGAGUCCAUUCUGAGUAAGAAUUUGGUAUCAUGGAAUACAAUAAUUGGCGGUUAUGCCACACAUGGGCUAGCUACCCGAGCAUUGGGGGAGUUUGAUAGGAUGGAAAAAGCUGGUGUUACACCUGAUGAAGUUACAUUUGUAAAUGUGUUAUCAGCGUGUGUACAUGCAGGUCUUGUUGAAGAAGGUGAAAAACACUUCGCUGCUAUGCAGGCCAAGUAUAGAAUCCAAGCAGAGAUGGAGCACUAUACUUGCAUGGUGGACCUUUAUGGAAGAGCAGGGAAAUUUGAAGCAGCAGAAGUAUUAAUCAAGAGUAUGCCAUUUGAGCCUGACGUUGUGUUGUGGGGUGCAUUACUUGCAGCUUGUGGGCUGCAUUCAAAUUUAGAACUUGGAGAGUAUGCUGCAGAGAGGAUCCGCAAACUGGAGAGCAAUCAUCCUGUUUCUUACUCAAUGCUUUCAAAGAUCCAAGGUGAGAAAGGAAUAUGGAGCAGUGUAAAUGAAUUGAGGGACAUGAUGAAGAAGAGACAAGUCAAAAAGCAGAAAGCAGUUAGCUGGGAGCUCAAAAAUACUCUGAAGGAACCCGAACGCCACCGAAAGAAGAACAAGAACAAGAACAUGAAGCACAGCUGUAACAUAUUCAUGAGCCCGAGGUUAAUCAAUUCCGCUGGUUGCACUGUCGAUGGGAAGGACCUAAGGGACUUGCAGUCACGGGAUUGAGGAGGAGCGAACUAUUGCAGGUUUUGGU